AUGAUCCGCGACUUCGAAGCAUGGAACGCCAACAUUGGCGAGCUCAGCGAACUGCAGGAGCUCGGUGGCUGCCGUGUCGCUAUUGAAGCUGCGCACUACCUCCAGCACCGUAUUUUAAGUCACCCUCGCGCGCGGGAACCACUCGUACCUGCACUCGGCGGUCUGCCACUUGGCAUGAAGCAGUACAUCGAGGAGGACCUGAACACAUUUGAGAGCCUACAAAUCGAGCCAUGGUUCGUCUUCAGCGGCCUAGACAUCACAAAACCGGACGACCCAUUCCAGCAGAAGCAGCGUGAGGCCGGAGUCAACACCGUGGCCUGGAAUCUGUACGACAGCAAUCAGGCUGAGGCAUCUGUUGCAAAGUUUGGGGAGUCAACAUACGUUACACCUGAGGAUCUGUUUCGAUUCUUGCAGUCAAUCUUGAUCGAGCGCAAGGUCCACUUCCAGAUUGCGCCUUACAGCGCCUGGGCCCAGCUAGCGUAUCUUGAGAAGGAAACCCUCGUUCACGCGAUAUCAGGCGCAUCGGAAGUUCUCCUGUUCGAGUGCGACAAAGUCGUAACAUCGUGGAAUCUUGAAGACAAGACCUUCAGUUGGACGAAGCGUUCAAAGUGCAUAGCUGAUCUAGAGAGGUUCGCUAGUAGCGGGAGAAUCACCGAAGACGUCUUCGUAGAUGCGCUCUUACUCGCCGGGACGCCCUUUCUACCCACCCUGCCCAACCUGAGCUCGCCCAACAGAACCGAGCUCCUCAAACCUCAUGGCGCAAUCAAGAUGAUCACGAUGAGCAGCGGGAGGACAGGAUAUUCGGUUGUGAUCACCAACAAGGAUGACCCGAGAUUUGGAAACUACGUUGACAGGUAUUGCAAGGCACGAUUGGCCGUGAAGAACCAUCCCAUCAUCACCACAGAAGGCAAGGUCGAACCCCUAAAUGCAAGCCAGAUGUCUGCCGAUGCGAACCAGUUCUUGGGGCAGCGUCUCUCCGAUGAACUACACUAUCUGCACUCGCACGGCAUCCUCAACUCUCGCCUUCUACAGUGGCGUACAUCCUGCGAGAUCAACGAGCAGCCCCCAAUUGACGGCGGCAUGUCACCAGAGUACCAGAAACUCGUCACUACGAAACUUACCCCGUUACGUACGGCAGCUUUGAAUCUACUUUCAACGCCGCUCCACCACUGGUACAGGGUCAAGGGUUUGGAGCAGACGUGUUGGUUCACAGACGCUGCAACGGGGAAGGCACAGAAGAAGGAGAUCUCGAUGAGAGACUUGCCCGAGUAUCAGGCCAUCGCGGAGACAUGGAAUGUGCCAGAGGCGACAUUCAGGGAAGUCGUAUCAAGUAACGAGGGCAGUGGGCCGCUUGGAUCUGCUAUCUUGGCCUUAACAAGUGACGAUUUCGUUGCCAAAACUGUGGCGAAGAAGGACACCAACAAUCUGCUCUCGACGCCAGAUGAGAUCCUGUACAACUCGCUUUGGCGAUUUCUUGCUGUACGCGAGUAUGUCGAUGCAAAGCACAACCUCACUCCCUGGGGUUUCGUGCUGGCACAGACAAUCGCUUCAUUGGACGGCAACGCCGAACUUGAAGAGAGUGCCGUACUUGCUGUGGAGCUUCUACGUCUUGAAGAUCUGAACGGCGACAUCGCUAUGUUCCCAUACAACGGCGCGCCCAUGCGCGGUAAUGCAAAGGAUCAACAUGCAAACAUGCUGAUCUCCCGUGUCGCUGGGCUUGGUACACUCCAACAUAAGCCGAUCGGUUUCACAGGUCCACUAAGCCAGCAUCUGCUCGGGUACGGGUCGGUUGUGAAUCUUGUCCGUCAGACGCUGCGCGAUCUUGUUGAGGCUACGUGCACAAAUAUGUUCCUGACUGGUUGCUGCGAUAGGAAAGCCGACCUUUCUCUGCUGAUAACAAAGUUCCCUUUCCUUCUUCCAAACAAUUGCGCGCUUGGCAUCGGCGUCAAAUCCUACCUUGACGAACUUACAAACGACUCAGAUCCCACCUCUGCCGAGUCAAAAGCGCGAGUUAUUGACACUGUAUCCACGCGCUACUUCCCUCAAUCGAUUGACUUUCAACACGACCUCCGUACAGCAUUCGCCUUGUGGGAUGCUGUGUUUGCUGGAGUCAAGGCUUCCGGAACUAAGAUAUCUCAACAGAACAAGACACUGUGGACAGAGACAAACGACUGGCUGCGACAGCGCCGUUAG